GAAUAAGUAAGGUCUAUUGGAUUAUUGUACAGUAUUGCCGUAAAAAAGCUCGCUGGAAUGACACUAGUUUGAAGAGUGAGACCUUAUUAAAGAGUAUCAAAUGCCCUUUCAGGUACAGUUUCAAAGAUCGCCCCUUCAACAUUUGGCUGAGUAAAUACCCCGCGCUCACUCCUUGUACUGCACCUACCAUCUCACAUUUGAAGAGUCCAGAAGAUUCCCUUGCCUCAGGCGCUUCGUCAGCAACGGUGUGUUUUGAUAGAUUAAGUUAGAGGCGACAACCAAAACUUAUCCAAAACCGCGCAAUGACAUCGGCAAACCGGGGUCUAGGCUGAUAGUAACGCUCCGCCAAACACAAGUACCACGACGACUCCAACCCCCACCAAUACUCUACUUCGUUAUUAUUACGAAAGCACAGAGUAAAGAUGGAUAACAAUGGGCCCCCGCAACCGGGACCUGCGAAUAACCCUGAUGCCCCUGACAAGGAGGCUAUGGACCAGAUUCGACGACGACGACUCGAGAAGCUAGGAGGGUCAACGACUCCAGAUAGAAACGCCUCUCCGGGAGCUGGCCCCUCACGAUCAAACCCGCCGUCAGCUACAGACACACCUAUAUCACAACCGCAAGUCCUGGCGCCCAGGGCCGCGAAGCCACCGAUGGCCACGCCACCACCACCUAGCUCACAGAGCCCGCUCGACAAAUCGAAAGAUAAGCCAGCCAGCUCAAACUCAUCUACAACUAUUAGGAUAGCUCCUGCGGAUGCGGCGGGGAAGAGACCGCGGGAACCAUCGGGGGGGUUAUCAGGGCCGCCGACCCGCAAAGCGACGCCUCAAGCAACAGACGAAUCGCACCAGGGCUUUGAGAACAGGGUACUUAGGACCAUAUUUCGCGUCACGCUGGAUGGAGAGAACAAAACAGAUUCAUCGGGUCAUAAGCUUACAUUCCUCCCAGAUGUGAGGCAAGGACUGGAGGAUAGCGGAGAGCAUGUCGGAUUAUCCCUCGGUGCACUCGAUUCCAUAUUGAUGGAAGUAUGCUCGAAGAUUCCCCACAACAAGCCCAUAAUGGAGUACUUGCUUCCGUGCUGGAAACGAAUUAUGAGGUCGAACAGGAGCCUGAGAGGACCAGCCCAGCAAAAAGAUGCGAUACUGAAAGAAGCUAAGCGGUUGUGCAUGAGUAGUUGCAUCUUCGCCCUGACCAUGCCGGAGUUAUACGGGCGUGAUGAGACGUCUUACAAGGACUCUUUAACACCCCACUUGCUGUUGGAUCCUGAAGAUGAUAGAGGCUUGUGCCCCGAGUUCUUGGCGGAAGCUGUUUCCCGGGUCGAUGAAGAUGAGUCUGUAACACCAAUGUUUACGAGUGCUGUCAUCAAGCUCAGCACUCAACUGUCGCGAAUGACAAUGAACGACAACUACAAACCAUAUGUGCAGGCUCUCAAGAACUUGACUCAUUUCUCGGUCAUCACAACAGCCGUUGCAGAAGACCCCGUGUUUCUGAUGGCCACCUCCGCCCAUGGCAUAGAACAGCAUACAAUCCUCGGCCCCUUCUUUCGGAUAUCGGUUUUGCAAACUGAAGUCACCAAAUCUUACUUUGCAUCACCCAAGACCAUGGACAAAUCCCUUGUUGUCACUUCGCAAAGUGCCCUGCGAAUGACGCUUAACAACCACCAGAAAGACCUCUUAGACAUAAUAAAUCAGUUCGUGCGCGCAAGUACAUCUUCGCGGAAUCGAACAUUGGACUGGUUUGCUUGGAUUGUUAAUGCCAACCAUAAGCGCAGAGCCAUCAGGGUCGAUGAGAGGCAAGUCUCAUCUGAUGGUUUCAUGAUGAACGUUACUGUGGUAUUAGAUGGGCUUUGCGAGCCAUUCAUGGACUCAACAUUUUCCAAGGUGUCCAAGAUCGAUCCAGACUAUUUCAGGCGCAGUCCAAGAAUUGAUAUCAAAGACGAGACGAAGCUCAACUCUGACCAGAAGACAUCUGAUCAAUUCUACGAGGAGAAGCUAGAAGGAACACCGAACUUCAUCACAGAAGUCUUUUUCUUGACAGUGGCUGCUCAUCAUUACGGCAGUGAAGCCGCCAAUAGCAAGCUGAAAUCAAUGGACAGGGACAUCUUGAGUCUCCAGAAGCAACUAGCAAUAUACGAGCUAGAGCGCCCGAGGUUCUUAUCCGACCCGAGGCAGCUUGCUAUGAUUGAGCUGAAUGUGAAGAGGUAUAAUGAUAUUCUAGAAAAAUCGAUGCGGCUAAGGCACGCGAUCGAGGGGGUUCUAUUCGACGAUGUGAUGCAGGCGCGGUCCUUGCAAUUUAUGAGAUACCUUAUUGUGUUUAUGCUUCGAACUGCUUCAGGCUCCGACUAUGUUCCGGGGAAACCAUUCUCGUUGCCGUUGCCAGAAACCCAACCCGAAGUCUUCAAGAACUAUCCGGAGUAUAUGCUUGAUGACAUUGUCAGCAACUUCGAGUUCAUUUUCAACUACCUCUCACAAGUCAUUAUCUCCACGCAAACAGAUGAGAUUAUUGUGCUCUGUAUCAGCUUUCUUCGCAACUCUGAGUACAUUAAGAACCCCUCACUCAAGUCAGGACUGGUAUCGCUGCUUUAUCAUGGCACAAUACCCGUGUAUCAUCGGCAAAAGGGUGUCCUUGGAGAUGCUUUGACGACGGAUAAAUUUGCGAAUGACAAUUUAUUGCAUGCUCUCAUCAAGUUCUACAUCGAGUCUGAGUUUUCCGGUGCCGCCAAUGCAUUUUACAACAAAUUUAGCAUUCGAUAUGAGAUUUUCCAGAUCUUCAAAUGCAUCUGGAGCAACAGUAUAUACCGGGAGCGUCUCACGCAAGAAAGCAAGGUCAACACCGAGUUCUUCGUUCGCUACGUCAAUCUUCUUAUUUACGAUGCGACGUACCUCCUGGACGAGUGUUUGACCAAGUUCCCCAAGAUCCACGAUCUGCAGGUUGCUUUGAGUCCUAACGCAGCCGCCUCGUUGUCAGAAGAAGACCGUAAAGCCAAAUCGGAGGAGUUGAGUCAACUUGAAGGGCAAGCAAAAUCAUACAUGCAGCUGGCAAAUGAGACAAUCUCCAUGAUGAAGCUUUUCACUGGAACGUUGAGCGACGCUUUCGCUAUGCCUGAAAUCGUUCAGCGCUUGGCUGAUAUGCUGGACUACAACCUGGAUACGCUCGUGGGGCCGAAAUCUGCCAAUCUCAAGGUGGAAGACCCGUCAAAAUACUUCUUUACUCCAAAGUCGCUUCUUGCUGAGUUCAUCGACAUCUACCUGAACCUGAGCCAUCAGAAGCGGUUCGUGGAGGCUGUGGCUAGAGAUGACCGGUCCUACAAGCCGGCAAAUUUCGACAGCGCAACAAGGAUUCUAGAGCGGUGGUCUCUAAAAUCCAAGGGAGAGCUAGCUGCGUGGAUCAAGCUAAUUGCCAAAUUCAAGGCUGCGAAGGAGAUUGAAGAUAAGGCCGAUGUGGAUCUUGGUGAGAUUCCUGAUGAGUUCUUGGAUCCACUAAUGGCCACGUUGAUGGAAGAACCGGUCAUCUUGCCCAUUAGCAGAAUGACUGUAAAUAUGAGUACGGUUCGAAGUCUCAUGCUGAGUGAUGGCAUCGAUCCAUUCAACAGGCAGCCGAUUAAUAUCGAUGAUGUGGCGCCUGACGAGGAUAUGAAGGAGAAAAUUAGGCUAUUUAAGGAGGAGCGAAGGGCGGCGGCUAAGCAGCAAUCAAUUGAGGACGUUAUGGAUACAUCGGAACCGUAAGUUAUGGAUCUGGGAACGAUGGGUCAGGCGCACAUAGAGGAGUAAAAGAGGUUUGUUGAUAAGAGCUAUCGAGGAAUAUCAACCUCCCAAUAGCACGAAGACCAGCACAUAGGAAUUAGACUCCCAUCGCAACAUCAAAUAUAUACAAUAAAUCCACCCAUUCAAACGCAUGCCUAACUCCCAUGCCCCAUCGUAUCCAAACAAACUGACCCGCUGGAUAUCAUCUUCGCACUCUAACCUACAAACGCUGCCAGCAGAAUGAUGGUGAGAAUAACCGCUAAAAUCAACAGAAGCAUGCACAUCUUCGACCGUGCAUUCUUCUGAUACCUCGCUGCGCUCCUGAGCUCCAAAUCGGCCCCUCUUGUAUCGCUCCUCGUAUUCUCCACAUUAGCAGCAAUCGUAUCGAGUUGCUCCCCCUGCUCACCGACAAUGUGUGCUACAUCCCUGAAGAGUUCAUUCAGUUCGCUCACACCCUGCUCGAUAUUCCUGAUCUCCGUCUCACGCUCCACGAUGAGCGAGUCCUGGAAGUCGACUUCAUCCUGCGAGGCGAGCCGUAGCUGCUCUUGAGAUUGCUGUUGUUGUUGCCCAAAACUAGGGCUGCCGCCUUCGGCGGAUGGGCAGGUUGCUUCCUCGAGCGCAGCGCGUGCUGCGGCGGCUGUUGUACGUUCCUUCUCGAGGGCUCGGUGCUGGACGUUUUGGAACUCGGUGAGGGUGGCUUGGAACUCGCGGGAGAGCUUUUGUUGGGUGUAUUUUUGCGAUGGCUAUGUAGAGUUAGUAAAUGACUUGCUGAUGGUCGAACUUGAGGUAAUAUCAUACGCUGACGUCCUCCCAGGACUGGAUUCUCUUGACGCCCUCUCCAAUGUUCUUGAAGUCUUCUGUAGUCUCCUCCAAUAGAUCGUGUACUCGUUCUCGUACUCGUUCGGUAUCUCGCUUCGUGCCCAGUAAGGCAACUUGAUUCGAAAGUCGAGAGAUGUUGCCAGUGAGUGUGAAGAGCUUGUUCAUGAGGUCCUUCGACAACUUGGAGAACUCGGGAUCGUCGGUAUAUGCAUCACCGGAUCGUGUGGUUGUUGGCUGCGACUCCAGCGAUGAUAGCUGAUCGAACGACAUGUUUACUGCUCAGGCGAUUGCGAUGUAUGUGGUAGAAAUGUGCAGUUGAGUCGUUCCUAUAUGCCGUGAAGCCUUGAUGUGUAGGUCGUCAUCGCCAUGACC